AUGAGGACAGGAGAGCUCAUAAAUCGCACAGAGGAGGAGUAUGAAAAACUGUUCAACGCAAUAAAUGGUUUGCUGCUUCCUGGUGGGAAUGUGGACAUCGAAAAGUCUCAGUUUACCAGAGCGGCGAAGAUUUUCUAUGAACUUGCAAUAAAGGCUAAUGAUGCUUCGGAUUAUUUUCCGAUCUGGGGCACCUGCCAGGGCUUCCAGCAGCUCACGGUUCUGACCAGCAACAAGAACUUAUUGACCUUGACUGACACCAAAGCAGUCGCUUUGCCGCUGAACUUCAGCCCAGGUUGGUAA